GCUAAAAGAAAUAAAGCGUCUCGGAGAGCUGCUUGUUUAUUCUGCAGAAGACGAGAUAAAACAUGCAGUCAAUCAUUUCAAAGAACGGGUCCGAAACUCCAGAACCGGUGAAAGCUCAAGUCAGAGAAACAGCUGCUCCAGCUGUAGAGGGGAUUUUAUUCUAUCCAUCCAUCCAUCCAUCAUCCAUCUUCAUCUGCUUAUCCUGAGUCGGGUCACGGGGGCAGUAGCCUAAGUCAAGAGGUUCAGACUUCCCUCUCCCCAGCCACUUGGGACAGCUCCUCCAGGGGAAUCCCAAGGCGUUCCCUGGCCAGGGUCUGUCCCCACCUGGCUGCAGGGCACGCUGCUGAGGAACGGACCGGGCCUUUUCUCCAUCGGUAACUCUGAGUACAAUCACUGGUUUGACGGCUUGUCGCUGAUCCACAGCUUCACCUUCAGUAAUGGAGAGGUGACCUACAGAAGCAAAUUUCUGAAGAGUGACACCUACAGGAGAAACAUCGAGGCAGACAGGAUCGUCGUCUCUGAGUUUGGGACCAUGGUUUAUCCUGAUCCCUGCAAAAACAUCUUCUCCAGGGCAAUGUCACACUUCCGUAACAUCAUCCCCGACUUCACAGACAACAACUUGAUCAACAUAAUCCGCUACGGUGAGGACUACUACGCCUCAUCUGAGAUCAACUACAUCAACAAGAUAGACCCAGAAACCUUGGAGACUGUUGGCAGGGUGAACUACAGGAACCACAUAGCCUUGAACCUGGCAACUGCUCACCCUCACUACGACCAAGAGGGCAACACCUACAACAUGGGCACCGCCAUCAUGGGCCUCAGUGGGCCAAAGUACAUCAUCUUUAAAGUCCCAGCGAGCACCACAGAUAAAGAAAACCCAAAGUUGGCUCUCAGUAAAGUACAGCAGGUCUGUUCCAUCCCUUUCCGGUCCACUCUGUUCCCGGGCUACUACCACAGCUUUGGCAUGACCGAGAACUACAUCGUAUUUGUGGAGCAGCCCUUCAAACUGGACAUUGUCAAACUCGCAACUGCCUAUUUCAGAGGACUCAACUGGGGGAACUGCCUCAAAUUCGAUGAGAACGACAUUACGGUGUUUCACGUCAUCAACAAAAAGACAGGAAAGAGAGUGUCCACUCGUUUCUAUGGAGACGCUCUUGUUGUUUUCCACCACAUUAACGCCUACGAGGAUGACGGCCACGUGGUGUUUGAUUUAAUCAGCUACAAGGACAGCAACCUGUAUAACAUGUUCUAUCUCCACAACAUGAAACAAGAAACCAACAACUUCAUCGAGAAGAACAAGGUCUUCUCACCGCCAGUUUGCCAGAGAUUUGUUUUACCGCUUGAUGUUCAAAAGGAAUCUCCCAGAGGAACUAACUUGGUAACUCUAAAGAACACGACGGCUAAGGCAGUGAUGCAGGAGGAUGCAUCUGUUUACUGCCAGCCAGACAUUCUAUUUGAAGGUCUGGAGCUGCCGGGCAUCAACUACAGCUUCAACAGCAGAAAGUACAGAUACUUCUAUGGCUCCAGGUUGGAGUGGUCUCCUCAUCCCAACAAGAUCGCUAAAGUGGACAUCACCACCAAGACGCACGUCGAGUGGCACCAAGUGAACUGCUAUCCUUCAGAACCAGUGUUUGUUGCCUCUCCAGGAGCACAAGAGGAAGAUGAUGGUGUCAUCCUGUCCUCCAUCAUUUGCUCGGAUCCCGGUGUUUCUCCAUUCCUGCUCAUCCUAAAUGCCAGAACAUUUGAGGAGAUUGCCCGUGCCUCCAUUCCUGCUCCGGUCCACAUAGACCUUCAUGGACUUUUUAUCCCUGCAGCUGUUUGAGCUUCCAGCCUCCAGCUUAAGUUUGAGCUUGGUCUAUCAGAGGAUGUUCCCUCAUGAAGUUUUACCACUUUUAGCAAUGAGUUUAAGAACAAAUGUUGCCUUGUUAGCAAACAGAAGUUUUAGCUCAGCGGCAGCUAAAUGCUAUUUAUUGUUUUAAAGCAAAACAGAAAUCUUAGAGUUUUAGUUUUUGAAUAAAAAAGAAAUUUGAAACUUU